AUGAGACAACAGUGGGAAAAAUUCGACGAAAUACAAUUAAACAUAGAAGAGCUUGAUCCUUCAGAGGAAUUACGAAGUUACGAGAUGCAAGUAAAUUAUUACACAAUUGUCAACCGCGCAAACCAAUUGGUAAUGUCAAAACAAUCCAAAACCUCACAAGCAGUUACUGCACCAAUGGCUGUAAUGUUACCAGAUUUGACCAGCUGCAUUGAAGCUCUCCCGGCAACGGACGCAAACUAUGCGGAGAUGAUAGAACUUUUAAAGGGCAAAUUCGACAACGCGAGGAAAACCAUAAUGCAGCACUGCAAUACCAUCCUGGAAAUGCCGAAACUGACGCGAGACUCUCCAGAAAAUCUGAGACACUAUCAAGCAACACCUGAGGGCCUUGAAGAAUCUUGGUGA